CUGGUUUUUCCGGAUGGGUGUAUAAUAAUAUUAAGAGUGUAGAGUCGCUGUAACAGGAGGAGGGAACACGAAACAGAUCAGCUGAACAAUGAAGAAUAAACUGUGAGGUGCUGUUAAACGUUUUGACAAUGAUCCGGACACUGAGCGGUGCGACUUUUAAGGCUGUUUUAUCAACGCAGCCCAAACUGCUGAAGGAUAUAACGUUAACGACCAGGCAGCUGCACAGCACAUAUGACGUGGCCGUGGUCGGAGGUGGUAUCGUGGGCCUUGCCACAGUCAGAGAGCUCAUUCUACGACACCCGUCGCUCAGCUUCAUCCUGCUGGAGAAAGAAAAAGAGCUCGCUUCACACCAGAGUGGCCACAACAGUGGAGUCAUUCACAGCGGGAUCUACUACACGCCGGGGUCGCUGAAGGCCCGUCUGUGUGUGCGAGGAGCCACUUUAGCCUAUGAGUACUGCGAGAAGAAAGGACUCCCUUACAAAAAAUGUGGAAAGCUCAUCGUGGCGGUGGAGCAGGAGGAGAUACCCAGACUGAAAGCUCUAUACGAACGCGGCAUGAAGAACAAUGUGCGUGACCUCAGUAUUGUCGACGCCAAGGGAAUCCGAGAGCGAGAGCCAUACUGCAGGGGUAUAAUGGCCUUGGAUUCGCCCUACACCGGCAUUGUGGACUGGAGGAUGGUGGCUCUCAGGUACGGCAAAGACUUUGAGGAGGCAGGCGGCACAGUGGUAACUGGAUCUGAGGUCAAUGACAUUUCUAUAGUCAAGGAGAGCCCAGCUGGAAGCACUGAAGGAAUGAAAUAUCCAAUCGCGGUCAGAGACAAAAAGGGUAACGAGGUGCGGUGUCGUUAUGUUUUGACCUGUGGGGGCCUGUACUCAGACCGCCUAUCACAAAUAUCUGGAUGCAGUCAGGAGCCACGGAUCGUCCCCUUCAGAGGAGAUUAUUUGGUCUUGAAACCAGAGAAACACUAUCUGGUGAAGGGAAAUAUCUACCCUGUCCCUGACCCUCGUUUCCCCUUCCUUGGCGUUCACUUCACCCCACGGAUGGAUGGAAGUGUUUGGCUCGGCCCCAACGCAGUCCUCGCCUUCAAAAGGGAGGGUUACAAAGUGUAUGACUUCAACGCCAGAGACUUUGCAGAUGCAAUCUCAUUCAGAGGCCUUCAGAAGCUGAUAAUGAGGAACGUAACAUACGGGAUUGGAGAAAUGUAUAGAGGGGUUUUUAUUGGUGCACAGGUUAAAAUCCUGCAGAAGUACAUCCCUGAACUCUCGCUGAGUGACGUGCUCAGGGGUCCUGCAGGAGUUCGUGCUCAGGCUCUCGACCGAGACGGAAACCUCGUGGACGACUUUGUGUUUGACGGCGGGCUCGGGGACGUGGGCAGUAGGGUGCUCCAUGUGCGUAAUGCUCCCUCGCCGGCGGCCACCUCCUCCCUCGCCAUUGCUGAAAUGAUAGCAGACGAGGUGGAGAGUCGCUUCAAGCUGUAGAGAAAUAUGGUGAUCGCAGAAGAGACAACCAAUAUAAUCCAUUUUAGAAGAAACUAUAAUCCAGCUUGUAGAAACUACAAUGUGUAUCAAGCUGUCACUACCUCAGCAUCACUAUCAUAAUGGAGACACUUUAUCACAGGUCAUGCCUUAAUUUAGGUGGAAAGUGACAUAUCUUUGACUUAAUGACAUUUUUAAAACGUUUUUACUAAAGUGGUGCUUUUUCAGGUUGUGGAAUAUGUUUACUGCACCACAUUUCUAGUGAAAAAUACAUUUUCUGAACUACAUUUCUGUAUGAAAAAAGUGCAAACAUAAAAUAUUUCAUAAAUAAAUAUAGCCGCAAGCGGCAAUGAUCGGAAUCCAA